UUUUUUUUUUUUUUUUGUUCUGAUAAGCUCUGAAAACUGUUGGGAAAUGGAGCGCUGAUUGGUGAAGGGCUGUGUGGAAUAGCAAUAAAGCACUUUUCCAAGGAGAAGUUGUUGGAGAGAAGAACAGUACCUGAAAGUAAGUAUUUCAUAGGAUUUCUUCCUACAAAGAGAGAGGAAGUGUUUGGGGAUAUUUCAGCAUCUGAAUCGUCUCCUCUAUACAGGAUAUUCAGGACAUAUGGGACUGAAAAAGAAGAGCAGUACCUGGAGAGUCCUGGAGCACAGCUGAUGCACAAUCAGCACGGGAAGAAGGACCCAUUUAUCGACUCCUUUAUGUGGUUUACAUCUGCAGGGCAUAUUUUUAUAAUGCAGGCAUGCAUGUUUCUCUCUGCAACCACUGAGUGUAGCACCUGAGCUCCCAGGAAGGAGGAGGGCAGGGAAGCUUGCUGCUGGCCCCGGGGCAGCGCUUCCUGAGCCAUGAGCAGGCACACGUGGUUCCCUCUGCAGUACAUCUCCAAGCCCUUCUGGAGAGCAGAGAAUCACACCGGCACCAGCUUCCUCUCCACACGGUACAGCUUCCCAAAUCAGUCCUUCUUCCACAGUGAUCUGGACCUGGAGGACUUGGGAGACUUUGACAGUGGGACCAAAUACGAGGGCGAAUCCCAGAGCAGGACAGUGCAGGCGCUGCUGAUCGUAGCUUACUCAGUGAUCAUCUGCAUCUCACUCUUUGGAAACACCCUGGUGUGCCACGUGGUGAUCAAGAACAAGAGGAUGCAUUCUGCCACCAGCCUCUUCAUCAUCAACCUGGCCGUGGCCGAUGUGAUGAUCACUGUCCUCAACACCCCCUUCACGCUGGUGCGGUUCGUAAGCAGCACGUGGGUCUUUGGAAAGCUGAUGUGUCACAUCAGCCGGUUUGUGCAGUACUGUUCUGUCCACGUGUCCGUACUGACCCUCGCUGCCAUCGCUCUGGAUCGUCACCAGGUUAUCAUGCACCCUCUCAAGCCGCGCAUGUCCAUGGUGAAAGGAGGGAUUUGCAUCGUUAUCAUCUGGGUUAUGGCCAGCUGCUUCUCACUGCCUCAUGCCAUCUAUCAGACCUUGACAAGGUUUUACAUCGGGAACAGAACAAUACGAACGGUUUGCCUCCCCAGCUUCCCUCCUCCUGCUGACCUUUUCUGGAAGUAUUUGGACUUGACUACAUUUGUUCUCCUGUAUGUUCUGCCCUUGCUUGUGAUCUCCAUUACCUAUACCAUGGUGGCUAAGAAGCUCUGGCUGAGAAAUGCCAUUGGGGACAUCACCAUGGAGCAGUACUACGCCCAUCAGAGGAAGAAGAAGAUGACGCUGAAGAUGCUGAUGGUGGUGGUGAUUGUGUUUGCAGUGUGCUGGUUCCCUCUGAACUGCUACGUGGUGCUGAUCUCCUGCAGGGCCAUCCACAGCAGCAAUGCUCUGUACUUUGCUUUCCACUGGUUUGCCAUGAGCAGCACUUGCUACAAUCCCUUCAUUUACUGUUGGCUGAAUGAGAACUUCAGGUCUGAGCUGAAGUCCCUGCUGUGUGUGUGCCGGCAGAGGAGCGCAGCACAGAGCCUUGCCCUGCAGUCCAUCUCCCCUCCAUUCAGACCCGCUUGGCUCGAGAGCUGCCGGUACAAGAGAGGCAGCACCUGCCAGAAAACAGCAUCAUCCCAAGGGAAUUCUACCAAGACAGACAUAUCCAGCGUUCAGCCAAUUGUGGCGGAACACUAAUACCUGUCUGAUGGUCAGGCAGCAUGCAGUCUGUCCCACUUUGUGCAACUGAGAUGCUGGUCAGCAGUGAUAAUGGUGUGGCACUGCUCAGCAAGAUGCUGCACUUUGGGUAAAGCCUGCACUGCAACACUAGGAUAAAAGGUUUUUAAAAUCUGAAGCUGGAAAAGUUGGCACAGGGUUUGUUUUGUAAACCCUCACGCCCUCCCCCUAGAUAAUAAGGCAUCUGGUAACAUGCCUUCUGUGUAACCUGACUUAGAAUCCUCACAAGCAGAAUCCUCACCAACCUCAGGCAGCGCUGUGCUCAGGGCUGUGUGGCUCUGUGCCUGGUCCUGGGAGCAGAGGUGCCCUCACCCCAGGUGCUGACUGAUAACACAGCAGUGUUAACCCAUGGGAGCUGCCAGACCUGACCUGUUAAUUGGGUUCAUUACAGCACCAUCCCAGCGUCUGCAUCCUGACAUGGACCCCAGGCCUUUAUUUUGAGAAACAGAGGGAUGCACGAGAAGUGUGUGUAAACACGAGGGAUGGGGAGAGGUGUUCAUCUCUGGAGGGUGAUUCUCAUCUUAACUGUGGAAAAAAAGAGAUCUGUAGGUUCACUGCAGAGGCUGUCAGCUUCCUCUCCUGCAUGCUGCUGUCAGGCUGAUAACCUGAAUUCAGGCUCAACUUUGGAUUGCCGCUACUGUUAAGUGAUCCAGAGCUAAUUGUGCAGGAGAUGAGUUUGCUUCUGGAGUAAUGAUUAGCUGAUUGUGUAACUAUGAAGCUGGCAAAACUAACCGUGACUUUCCUUCACUGCAGAUUUUGUUCAUUUUUUGGAUUUUUGGUCACUGACUCAGACCUGAGAAUUGUUUCCUGAUCUUAUCCUAUUUUCUGUACAAGCAAGGCUGAUCAGUCACAAAGCCAUUAUUUGCACAGAUAUCAGUGUCUGGUAAGGUGAAACCGAACCCAAUGCUUUACAUGACAAAAUGAGAACCCAUUAUUUUCUUUCUGAGAAAAAGAUUAUUUGGCUUUAUGGAAUGGAGAAUCAUCCUCGGCAGUGUGUGUGCUGACUCUUAAACUGCCCCUUUUUCUUUUUCAUUUUUAAUAUUCUCUUGUUGAAAAGUGGUCCAAGGGUAAACGGGUGUUCUAUUGACAUCCAUGUCACAGAAAUCUGGUGUAAAGCUGCCCCAUGGAUGGCCUAAAAUCCCACAGGUUGUGCACUGACAGCCCUGUGUGCCACCACAAACGGGGAUGGGAAAGGUCUCAUCAGAGAUGGGGAUUGAAGGAUGGGAGAUGGGACUGGGGGACACUGAUGUGCUGGGAAGCUCUGCAGACCUGGAGGGUGGCACAUAAGGCAUGCUAUGGUGUGUCAUCUCACACCCAUUCUGAAUCCAAAGGUUCACAGGACUGGAGCAUAUUUUCCAGCUGGAAUGUGUCCCACCAAUGUCUCGGCAUCACCAAAUGCUCUAUAAGAUCUGCACUGCCAGCAAUGCUCAGUUAUUUUACCUUACAACUGCACUGUGCUCUUUCAGCUCACGCCUCCAUCCAUUUGCCAAAAUCCUGAAACAUCUGUGGUUUUCUUUGAUUUAUCCCAGAAUAUUUUGACGAGGUAUAGAGCAGAUGUUUCAAGUGAGAAAAACUGUUUGCCCAGUGUGGGUAGCUGCCAAUUCAAACGUUACUGAAUGGUCUGUGGCUGCAAGGAACUUGCCCA